AGCAUUUGGGAAACAAAAUUGUAAAGAAAAAAAAAACACAAAACGGGUCAACUGUCCCUUAUAUUGUUCUUAUGGGACCGAAAAACCAAACACCUCAUAAAAAAUAAGAAUAAAAAGAUAGGUACAUUUGAACGUCUCUGUCUUGUUCUAUGUCUAAAGAAAAGAGAGAGAGAAAUUUCAAUGGCAAAAGUGAUUAAAGAAACAACAAAAAAGAUGUCACAACUCUGCCGGAAAAUCGUUCAGGUCGAUGUUCGAUGGGGUAUUGUACAAAGGGUAUCUUUCGUUGGACACUUUUUUCGAUUCUUUUGGAAUAGAUUCAUGCUUUGUUCUGUUCCAAGACCAGCUCAAUAUCGAAGAUUAAACCUCCAUCAUUCGGCGACCACCGUUGACGACGGUUUCUCACAAGAACAACAACAACAGACAAAUAAUGGGUAUGGCUCGGAUUCUGAUUUGGUUAACCUCAAGAUCAGUUUGUUGGGUGAUUGUCAUAUUGGAAAAACUACUUUUUUGAUUAAAUAUGUAGGGAAUGAGGUAGAAAAGAGGAGUUUGCAAAUGGAAGGAUUGAAUCUAAUGGACAAAACUUUAUCUAUUCAAGGAGCCAGAAUUUCAUUUUGUAUAUGGGAUGUAGCAGGUGACAAAAAGUCCCUGGAUCAAAUUCCCAUUGCUUGUAAAGAUGCAGUUGCACUUUUGAUUAUGUUUGAUCUCACUAGUCGUUCAACAUUAAACAGUGUUGUUGGGUGGUAUAAUGAAGCAAGAAAGUGGAAUCAGACUGCAAUUCCAAUUUUAAUAGGAACCAAAUUUGAUGAUUUUGUUAGACUUCCCCCAGAUUUACAAUGGACAAUUGUAACACAGGCAAGAGCAUAUGCAAGGGCAAUGAAGGCAACACUUUUCUUUUCAAGUGCAACACACAAUAUAAAUGUCAAUAAGAUUUUUAAGUUUAUCAUGGCCAAGCUCUUUAACUUGCCUUGGACGGUUGAACGAAAUUUGAAAGUUGGAGAACCCAUUAUUGACUUUUAAAAUGUUCUUUACGUUUAUUCCAGUGUUUGUACAUACAGAACAAGAGAGGAAAAUAAAAGGAAUACAAAAAAGAAAAUUGGAAGAAAAAAAGAAGAAAGAAAACAAGCAGUGUUUUUCGUAUUGACUUUGAUCAAUCACCAUUUAGCACUUAGGUGUAGGUACCUAACUAACAUGUUAUUUUUUGUUCAUUUGGCUACAUUUUAGAUUUAUUAGGUCAUCAUUUUAAUAUUUGAAUUUGUAAAUUGAAAUUUUAAAUUUACGAAAUAGCAUGUCGUUGUUUCCAAUUGUUUAAAAUUAAUCAAAUAUUUUUUUUAUUAA